CUCUAAGGUACCCCUGGACUAAAAUCUAGCUUUUCUGCCUCACAGGGUUGAUGUGAGGAAAAAAUAACAGAGGAGAGCCACAUAUGUGAUUCUGAGCUUCUUGAGGCAAAGCCGGCACAAUGGCCUCCUUUCUCCAGCGCUGCCCCUUCCUGAGCCGGGAUCCAACCGUCUUCCUUCGCAAAGUUCGCCCCUUGCUGGUGACCAGUGCUCAGCGCUGCCCAGUAAUGGUUGCCCGCACAUUCUCCUGUUCCGCUUCAGAUCUGCAGCGUGGUAAACAGCCCUGUGGAGAGACAGCCUCGGCGUCUCUCCCCACCACUCAAUGCCCCUUUAUGGAAUCCGAGCACCAGGGUCGGCAGAGUGCCUUUGUUCAAGAGGCCAAACCUGAGCUCCAAGAGGAUAUCCGACCUUUCAAGUCAGGUAUGCUGGACUCUCUUCUUCGGGAAGUGCAAACCAGCCUCCGAAGAAAGUGGCUAGACUCUGAUGAAGUGACCCACCUCAUCCGGGACAAUAUGCCAGGUGGGUAAAAAGGGCUGCAAGCAGUAGUGGGAUUCAAAUAAUUUAACAACCGGUUCUGGAGGUGGGAUUCAAAUCAUUUAACAACUGGUUGUUUACAAGCACCAUUUUAACAACCAGUUCUGCCGAAGUGGUGCAAACCUGCUGAAUCCCACCACUGGCUACAGGUUGUGCCUGGGGGUUGGGGAUAUCAGUGACCUCACCUGACUCUCCUUCUUCACGGUUUCCCUCUUAACAAAGUUUGCUUAUCUGCAGCGGGCCCAAGCGUUGACCUUUUCAAGCUUCCAGUUCUCAAGGCACACAUUUCCCUGAAUUAAAACAAAAGAAAGAAAACAGGCUUGGCACGUAACUCAAAAACAACUCAGUUAACAGCUGUAUGCACCAGCUAUGGACAUCAGGCGUCCAUCUGUUGACUACAGCACCAGAUCAGGGUCUGAAUACACGGAAUAAAGCAGGCCAUCCUAGAUCGGCAGGGUUUCCAACCUUUGGGUGGCAGUUGAAGAUCUCUUACUACUACAAUCGGGAUCAGUUCACCUGGAGAAAAUAGCUCCCCUCCCCUCCCCAAACCCCACCCUCCUCCUGCCCUACCCAAAAAUCUCCGGGUAUUUCCCAGCCCACAGCUGGCAACUCUAGCCAAGGCCGAAGACCUGAAGGAGAGCAUUUCUAUAGCUGCACGCCUGCCUCUGAUUCAUUUCUUUUUCCUCCCUCUUCUUGAAGACAGCACUAACAACACGAAGGGAGAACAGCUUAUGGCACACAGUUGUCGAACUGCGAUGAUUAUAUCCUUCGUCUGCCAUGACGUGACUAAGAGCGUAGCAUAAAAAGGGUUCUGGGCCAGAAAGGCCCAGAGGCAGAUCCUCAGAAUUACCACCUCUUGACUUAAUAGGGCCCUAAAGUCAAACUGCCUUAUUUCUCUCCCUACUGCCACAUCCUGAGUUUUGCUAAUUACUUGCUCUCACCUCCUCCAUGACUGGCACUUCCUGAUACCUGGC